AGGACCGAGUACCCCGGCUCCUCAUUCAACAUUGGUGAAGCCACACCUACAGACACCUGAGAGUCUGCGCUCUCCUGUUCCGGUAUCACCGAGAAUACCUUAUGCUCUCUACCAUUUUUUUCUUAUCUACGCACGACGUAAAGAUUAAAAAAUAAAAAUAUCGAAAUUUGUGACGACGACAUAUUAAGGCAUAAACGCUAAAACGCCAUACACUCACAACCAUUAAACACAAUUAUUAUUAACAGAUCAAAUCGGUAGGUACUAUACUUCUAUCACUUCAUUCAAUUGACAAACUAUAAAUACAGUAGCAUAGGUAUUAGGGGUAAGACAUCAUAAAAAUAAAAUUUAUUAUUUAUAUAACAUACCCAGUAAGACGGAGGAAUAAUAUUAUUACAAGAUUUACCAGCAAAACAAUCAAUUGUUUUUUAUUUUAACAACGAUAAUGGCUCAUCACUUCAAGGAAGAAGACAUUGAUGAAUUCAGGGAAUGUUUUUAUCUAUUUGCUAGAGAAGGCGUGAUUAAUAAAUUAGAUGAACUCAGUGUAAUUAUGAGAUCUCUCGGAAUGAGCCCAACAAUAACUGAAUUAAAGAAAUACUUCACAGAAAACAAUGGAAAAUUACAUUUUCCAGAAUUUCUGAAAGUAAUGCACAAUCAUUGUCGUGUGGAAAAACUACCUAAUGAAAUUUUGGCAGCUUUUAAAGCUAGUGAUCGUCAGCACAGCGGAACAAUUCAUAGUAAACAUCUCAAACAUCUAUUACAAGGUUGGGGAGAACAUUUAAAUAGCAAAGAAGUUGAACAAAUUUUUCGAGAAGCCAAUGUCCAUCCAAAUGGCAAAGUUAACUAUGAUGAAUUUGUAAAAAUUGCUUGUGCGCCAAUUCCUGAUUAUUACUAAUCGUCACAUUUCUAAAUGAUUAUUUAUUGAUUUGGUCUUAAGAACAUUGAUUGAUGUACCCCUCCUGUAGUGGAAUUCCAUCUAUGGCCGUCACUAAUUUCAAAAUUCUGGGGUUGCAUUAAAAAUUAUCUACAAAAGAUUUGUAUAAAGUUUAUUUUUCAAAAGUGAAAAUAAUUAGUCACUCGCUAAUACCUGUAAUUCUUAGACAGCACUUAAUGUUCAAAUGCAGCUAAUUUCAUGCCAUUACAAUAUUGUAAAUAUUUAAACUCAAAUUUUUAAUUCUAAAAUUAAAUGAAAACCAAGUUUUUCACGGAAUAAUUAUUGUUUUUUAUAUAAUAUCAACAGUUAAACAUUUUUUUAACCAUGAUACAACAAAAAACAAAUCAUUUUUAUUAAGACUUGGGCAAUAAAAUAUAUUGUGUAUCACUGAUACAUUUUCAAAAUUAAAAUAUUUUUUUUUUGUAGUAAACCGGUACCCAUACUAUCAAAAAUAUCCCUUGUGACGCCUUAGAUGCCAUUCCUUAUUUAUUUGCAUUCACAUAUUUUUAAUACACUUGGAUUGAUACUGCCAAGUAUUAAAAAUGUAGAUUUUCAACUAUGUUUAUUGUGAAACUGUUUAUAUUUGAAUAUUAUGAAUUGUUACUAAUUUAGAAUUUUUAUACUAUACUAUACUAAUUUUUAAAUUAAAGAUCAAAUGAAAAUGCACGAUGCACAUGUAUGAUGUUUUGAUGAAUUUAAAAAUAAGUAAAAAAAAACAUAAUUUCACUAUAUGCUUAUAAUGUAUAAUGUAUAAUUUACUAUAUAUAUUUAUUAAAAUAUGAUUUAAUAUGGAACAUAGUAUUAAUUAUUUUUUAAUGUUUUUAAUAUUUAUCUUCCAAUUUCUGAUUAAGAUUUAGGUAUUGUAACCUAGGGUCGAAGUGAGUUGGGAUGUAAGAGGACUUGGUCAAUUGUAAGAAGUAAAUUUAUUAGUGUCAGAUUAAAAAAAAAUAUAUAUACUGGCUUACCAUAGCAGUAUGGCACUGCCACUUAAUAUACAAUUAA